AACCGCGGGCCGGCGGGCGCCUCCUCCCUGCAGGGCCUCCCCCGACGAGCGUGAAGCCCCGAGGGCGCGGCGCGGCGGCGCUCGCGUUAGGACCCAGCGGCGCCGGGGCUGGAGGGCGGGCGCCGGCCCGUCGGGGGCCCGGAGGGGGGCUGGGAGCGGGCAGAGGGGCGGCUGCGGCGGGCGGACUCGGAGCGGCGCGGAGUGACCCGGGCAGCUGUCCUCUGACGCCAGCCCAGCCCGCCUCACUGUGUAGCCAUGAGAGCUGCCUGCCUCUUCCUGCUAUUCCUGCCUGGCCUGCUGGCUCAGGGCCAGUACGACCUGGACCCGCUGCCUCCGUUCCCAGACCACGUCCAGUACACCCACUACAGUGACCAGAUCGACAACCCGGACUACUAUGAUUAUCAAGAGGUGACUCCUCGGCCCCCCGAGGAGCAGUUCCAGUUCCAGUCUCAGCAGCAAGUCCAACAGGAAGUCAUCCCAGCCCCCACCUUAGAACCAGGAAAUGCAGAGACGGAGCCCACGGAGCCUGGGCCUCUUGACUGCCGCGAGGAGCAGUACCCGUGCACCCGCCUCUACUCCAUACACAAGCCUUGCAAACAGUGUCUCAACGAGGUCUGCUUCUACAGCCUCCGCCGGGUGUACGUCGUCAACAAGGAGAUCUGUGUGCGCACAGUCUGUGCCCAUGAGGAGCUCCUCCGAGCUGACCUGUGUCGGGACAAGUUCUCCAAAUGUGGCGUGAUGGCCAGCAGCGGCCUGUGCCAAUCUGUGGCGGCCUCCUGUGCUAGGAGCUGUGGGGGCUGCUAGGGUGAAGCUGGCACCCCGAGCCCUGGGCCCCCCUCGGAUCCAGGACCCUCGGCCCUGCCUGACCUGGUGCUUUUCUCCCCAGCCCGACAUUCCUUUUAUUCUGUAAAAAGUUAGUGGACUGUGGCCCUGGGGGUCGUCUCAGGCCCUGCCCCCAGCCUCUGGCCAGCCCUGGGACACAAUGGGGGCUCCCCAGUGCCCAGUCUUCGCCCCCGGGUGGGGGGCAUCCCAGGCCUCUCGGUGGGACCUGGGCCUCUGACGUGCCUUCUCAGUCCUCUGAGGACAGUCCCUGCCCUGUCCCCGAGGUCGGCUAUGCCCCUCACCCCAGCUGGUCUGCUUGGAUUUCCUACAGCCCCCCGGGCAUAGACCACUUUUGUUUUAUACAAAAUUAAAAACAAGUUUUUACAAAAGA